UCCCAUCUUCCUGACCACACAACUCACAUUCGGUCACCUCUUUCAUCACCCCCUUGAUCCAAUCAAUUCUGGAUUUUCCUUUGCGGCUUUUGUCCAGAAGGGUAUAAAAACUGGACUCCUAGACCCAUUUCCUGUUCUGAUUCCCCAGAUCUGCACUAUAUAUUUAAACCUUGUUCCAUGCACAUUUAAACCACAUGACUUCCCUCAAAGAAUCCUGGGAAUUGGAGUCCCUACCUCACAGAGGUAUCUUUUCCAGCCCCUUUAGCAAAGUACUGUUGCUACUGUGGCUUUUAUGGCAGCAUGCCAUGCAGAGAUGUAACAUGUGGUUCCUGUCCUGGAGAUAAAAUGGUGUGAGUUUUGUACAUAGUGUGGCUGGAAUAUACAGUAUGGGAAGGCUCUGUUUAAGUUGCCAUGGCUCCAGGUAACCCGGAAAUACAGUAAUGCAGAAUCAGAAAGGCAACUGUGAGGUGUGUGUUUCUUUCUGUGUACCACAGUGUCAUAGCAACUGAUAUCAAGCAAGGCAGAGAGCUAGAUAAAGCUGGUGAAUAAAGCAGACUAGAAAUUAAUAUCUGGCGGCAUACUUAGAGCUUGCAGAUACCUAUUUCCGGUGCUCCUAAUGAAAGAUUAAGGAACCACAGUAGUUCCAAGAUGGCAUUAGCAAGUGGACACUGGAUUACAAAAGAUGUGAUUGGGGAUGCUCCAAGUCCUAGACACGGACAUGCAUUGGCAAUCGCGGGAAAUAUAGCAUUUAUAUUUGGAGGCUGUUCCUUUAAUGAUACGUCUGAUGAUCAGCCAACAUAUUUCAAUGACUUCUACAUGUUGACAAUUUCUUCCACUGAGAUGACAUGGGAAAGGAUACCACAAGAUGGGCACAUUCCUUGUCCAAGAGGAGGUCAUUCACUUUGUGUAAUAAAAGGCAAAAUAUAUUUAUUUGGAGGUUGUUCAAGCACGAAUGCUGAGUGUUGCCUUCCAGGAGUCUACACCUUUGAUCUUGGUUCCUUAAUGUGGCAGAAAGUUGCAGCCACUGGCAUCGCACCUCAGACUCUCAAACACAGUUCAGCUGCAGUUGGAGAAAACAUCUACGUAUAUGGGGGUACACUAUGCGGAACAGCUGUUGAUGACCUGCACGUGUUCAACACAGUGUCCCAAAGCUGGACCCCAGUCAAAACCUCUGGCUCAACCCCUGGUGCCAGAUCAGGCCAUGCUUUUGCAACGAUCGGAGAAAUCAUCUAUAUGUUUGGAGGUUGUUCCGACGAAGAUGAAUAUUGCACUGAUCUGUUUGCCCUGGACACAGUUUUGUUAACGUGGCAGAAGUGUGACGUCAAGGGAGAAAAGCCAAUCGGAAGGACGCAACACACAUUUACAGCUCACCAUGAUAAGGACAUUUAUUUGUUUGGAGGAACUUCCAUGUCUGAAGAUGGGAGUCAAAUACCAAGGAAUGAUAUUAUGAAAUUAAGUUUAGCACGGAUGAAAUGGAAGAUGCCACUCUACGUAGGAAUCCCCCCUGCUUGCAGACGGAACCAUGUGGCGUUUAUUCUUCAUAGCCAUCUCUAUAUCCUUGGCGGCAGAAAUGAAAAAGAAUUAAAUGAUCUCAUGGGAAUGAAACUGAUCAAUCCUUCUGACAGACAGCCUAUUAUGAAGGAGAUUCUUUCAGAACUGGGAAUCCAGGGAGUAAGCAGCAGGUUUACUCCCACCAAAAUCCCCAAAGUGAAAUAUGAAUUGACAGAAUCUCCUUUGCUAAAUGGAUCCGUUUCUCCACCACCUCCUGUUCUGACACCUCAGAUGCAGGAUUUACAUUCUGUGCGUAACCAAGCAAUGGACAUGAUUACAAAGGCCUUUACUUUGCUGGACUCCGAGUUUCAAAAGCUCAGCACUGCAAAAGCUGAACUGGUCCAGGAAACACUGACUUUUCAACGUGAAAAAGAGCGGUUCAACAAACACUUUAAAAAUCAACAGAAGGAACUCCAAGAGAUGCUGGAGAAACACAAAGCUCAAAAUGAAGCGUGGCUGCAAGCCAGAGCAGAAGAGAAUGACAAAGAAAGAAAAGAGCUCUACAAACUGAGGGAAGAGAUUCUCAAUGAUCAGGAAAGAUUGAGAGACGAACAGCAAAGCGUUUAUCAGCGCAAUCAGCAGCUCCUUUCUAUAAUGCAGCAGUUCAAAGGAAUGUGAACCGUUUGCUGAAAAAAGCCUGGUCACAUGCUCUUCUAGAUCAUAGCAGCUACACAGCACCACUUGAACAACUGAGCUCUUAUGUAACAAAGAUCCCAUUACCGUACAAACUGAAGUUUGAUCUCGAUAACUUUCCAUCCGGCCCCAGGACGAUGGUUCAAUUAAAUUCCCACCCAGUUUGGAAAAUGUUCUGAGUUUUUGAUUCAGUAUUUUCUAUGUAUAUAUAUCUCAGGUGCUUGUAUGUGCUGACACGACAUUUUAAAAUGGACAGAAGGAAUAUAAUGCUAUAUUCAUAACUUAGGAAAUUUGUUCUUGUUAAGAAAGAUUAAUGGAUUUGCAAAGAGAGAGAUUAUGAUCAAAAAGCCGCUUUGAUUCCUUCUCCCUUUCUCAGACUUUGGAAUGGUAUACACUAGAAGACCCCGAAUUCUGCUCCAAUCCUUACCUGGUAGAAGUUACUAUCUGAAAUGACAGUACUGAGGACUACUGAGAACAUAUGACUUUAGGAUGAAAGGACUGGUGGAGGAAGGGCAAAAUCUAAAUUCAUUUUGUCCUCCUUGUCAAAAAAUUGGGCAUGUUGGAUCUGUGCACAUUAACUCUUAACUUUUUGUGAGUGUCAUAGCUACAGUGUGAGUUUCCAGUAAGAGGGGUGUGUGGGUGUGUGUUAAUGCUUCUUGAUUUGGGAGGAUUGGUAGAACAAUCAUGCUGGAAUCAGAGAUAGGUCGCUACUAUGCCGGUGGAAGAGUCUGAAAAACAUACCAUACCACUGAUGUAAUUAUUUGAAAAUCACUUUCCUGCAGGUAGUUUGAGGAUCAGAAAGCACCUUGUGCCAUACAGUGAGAGAAAGAAAAUGAGAGAUUUUAUCUGAAUAAAGUUUGUGUUCCUAAUAUUUGUUUAUUUAGUGCCUUAAACAUCACAUUAAUCAUCAACUUAAGCAUGGCAACACAGAAAUAAGUCCAGUAAAACUUUCCCUGGGAAGUUAAGCAGUCUUCAUACACAAAGUGCUUUACAAUUGCUGUUGUGUAAACAUUACAACUGGAGUCUGCAGUGUGUUGCAUGUACCGUAGCUACUGUGUGGUUUUCAACCUUUCUGAGUCCACAGCUCCCUUAACCAACUGCAUUCUUUCUGCGGCACCCCUACGGGGCUCAGGAGCCCAGUUAUGUCACCCCUUGCCUGCAGAGCUGGCAGCCUCUUAUCCUUUGUCAAACACCCUCCCUUGUGGAGUGUUCCCUCCUCUCCUCUCUCCUUGUAUUAAAUUUAAUUACUCCCUUGCCCACCACUAGCUUCAACUUCGGAAGGAGGGGCUGGGGGCACUGGAUGGAAAGCCCCCGUGGGAGUCUGGAUCUCCUGGACGCUGAUUCUACAAGUGAGCUGGGCUCCAUGACUUAAGAGAGAAAUUGGAUAUGAGUUGUGGACAUGCUUCAGACAAGGAGAUUUAUUCUGCAAAGCACAGCCACUGAGAAAACAAAAGAUAACUGAGGAAUGUUUUUCACCAGGGCAAGAAAUGGUAUGUGACGGAGCAGAAGGGGAGAGGCUAGAACUCUAUAAUUGUGUUUUAUUAUUUACUUAACAAACCUCCCUCCAGAAGAGCCGUAUACAGCAUUUAUAAAGCAAGCGAGAUCGGAAUGUUGGAAAUUUAUUGAGAUAAUAUGGUUUUUUUAAUAUAUAGACUGUGUGAAUUGAAAAUAUAAAUAAUUAAAGUUUGUAAUUUGGGACUUGCCUGGAAUGUGGCUAAAGACUCCCUAAAUUUGUGGGCAUCAGAGAGAAGCAAGCUCAUUAGCAGUUGGAAACUUGUCAAGAAAUUUCUGAGCUAUGACGCAGUUACAAAAACAGCUUCCGCCAUCUUGGAAACAGAGCUGGCUACAACAACAGUCAAAGGGGGAGGGAGCCAUAAAUAAUGACAUUAGAUGUGUAUAUACGGUUGUGACCUGGCAAAACCUCCCCUGAAAAGGCUUGGAGAAAAUCAUCAUAGAGGCUUUAACAUCUGAUUUAUUGGGAUUAUUUGAAGAUCGUGGCUGCCAGCUGUGAAAAGGAUUUGUGGAUUUCUGGACGGACUUGGCAAGAUACCAGUGUGUGAGGAGACAGUGCUAAAUUUAUAAACGGGAAUUGUGGCAUAAAUUCACACAGAAUCAUACAUGGUUUGAUUAAACUUGCUUGCCGGGAGAACUCAGUGACUUGAAAAAAGAAGAAAGAUAAUAAGAGAUUAUGGAAUAAGAUCGGGACUAUAUUGAAAAGAACUGUAGUGACUAUAAGAGGACUAGGCCUCGAGUCUAAAGCAUGGGAAGUUGAUAAAUUUGUAUAAUUUGGCAGAGGAUUUGGACUAAUUAUGAUAUUUGCAUAAUUUGUAUAAUUUGAAAAUGGAUUAGAUAUUUAAAUUGGAAAAUUUAAUAAAAAUGCUUAUUUUUUAAAAAAAUUACUCCCUGCCACACCACAACUGAACUUCAUGCUGGACACCUUGCGGACUCCUUUCCCAUGUGCAAAUGGUCAUGGAUCACUUUUUUCUACAGAGACCACACUGAUCUUGACAUCUGCAGCUCGUGGGCGAAUGCUUAUGCAGCAAUCCUCCAAAAUGGCGGCCUCCACUUGCCGGAUGGUGUCUUCAGCAAUGGCGGAAAGUGGUCACCCAGGAAUUGGAGCCAUUUCACCAAAGUCCGACCACACUUGAACUGACGAUGGCAGUGCUUGACUACGUCAUAUAAUGGGGUACCCUCCCCAUAAGUCCCUUCCAUCUCAUUGAACAUCUCCCAUGGUGUGCGCCCUUUCAAGUACAGAAACCUGAUGACCACUCUGCAUUCAGCUGGUUCCAUUAUCAGACGUUACUCCACAUUACACCAGUAGCAGAGAAACUGUUUGGAGUUCAGAGCCACAAAUUACCACGUUACCUAUGGAGAGAUGUACAUGUGCAAUUUCAUCCUCCUGUGAUAACCAGAAGUGGGUCAGGGAAAAUCUUUAAUGA